CCUCCAUCCUGCCUUGUUCACAUCUGCAAACACCAGAUGCCAUAAUUGAAAGGUCCUCUUCCCAUUUUGGCAAGGUACUUGUAGCAUCAUUCAGCAGGUAUCAAAGCCUAUGUGGUCAAAACUGGAAACAUGUCAUCUGCAUUCCAAGCCCAAGACGCUCCUUCCAUCGACGCGCAUAUCGAGCUCUUGACCGAGCACUUCGGGUUCAAUCCGAAAGGGUUCAUCGACAAACUCGUGUAUGCCGCCAAUGAGCACCUUUACUUUCUAGCGGAGCACUUCGAGAAGUCACUCAUACAAGCAAUGGAGGGUACAGUCGCGGCUAGAAAUGAAACGCAGGCCGAACAAGAGCCAGAAUAUGUGAUCGCAGCAGAAAAGUCCACACACAAAGUGCUCACUCUUUUCGAAAACGCGCUUGACCACAUGUACGACACAGUCGAGCUUUGGACGCUGGUCAAUGUCUUCGGUGUCACCUCUCGACAGGCGCAGCACAUCACCCUCACUCAUCAUCGCGGCUUGGAUCUGCGCAACGACAAUGGCGUCACAUCUGCAAUUGUGCAGGACAAAGUCUUGAGCCGUAAGGAGCAGCGGUUAAGAGCCAAGAUUGCAGCUGCGCGCCAGACUGCCGACAUUCUCGAUCGAGCCAUUGCCACCACAUCUGCGCAACACGCACGAGCAGCCGCGCUGGAGGACCACUUUGACUUCGUACUACAAAGCAAAUCUGGUACCACAAUUCUUGCGUCGCUCCAAGCUGAUAGCCUGAAAAAAGUACGCGCUGAUGCCUCCGCUGUAUGCAAGGACGUGUCUGGCUUGCGCGAGCUGGAUCCGCUGAGCAAAUCACUUGCACCACCACGCUCGGCCAAGGACGAUGAAGAGGGCGCCGAGCAGGGAUUUGACGGUUCAAAUCGUGAUGCAUACCUCUACUGGGAGGUCAACCGAGCCCUCGAGGAGCAGAGAAAGGCCGGUGGGGAUCACAAGGUCGAGGCUGCAGCGGUGAGCGAGAAACCGGGGUCGACGGGCCGCAAGUCCAAAGGGAGUGGCAAAAGAGUGCAGGAUAUGCAGUCCGAGGGCGGGUCCCAGGGAGCAAAGCGGCGUAAUGUAGGAAAGACAGCCGAGCUCGAGGUGAGCCUUACCACGAAAAUGUCUUGAUAUCCCCAUUCGCAUAGCACACUUGUUGUACACAUAGACGCGCGGAGUCGAAUCUCCUUUUUCCUGUCCAGCUCUGCCCGGUCCGCAUGUCGACGCCGCUCGAGGCUAACUUAAGGCUUGUAUAUGAUUGUAGCAUGACCUCGAGAAGCCCUC